AUGGCGGACAUCACCGAUCCCUCUGCCAGCCUCGAACAUCCCUCUCCCGGUGAUGACCUUGCCGGCAAUGGCGUCGACUCCCGUGGCACCAAGCGCCCAAGAGCAUCCAUGGCCGGAGAGGAUGACGAUGAUGAUGACGAGAAGGGAGGACGAGAACGCAGAAAGAUUGAGAUCAAGUUCAUUCAAGACAAGUCGCGUCGUCACAUCACAUUCUCCAAGAGAAAGGCCGGUAUUAUGAAGAAGGCAUACGAACUGUCCGUGCUCACCGGGACUCAAGUCCUCCUAUUGGUCGUCUCAGAGACUGGUCUUGUGUACACUUUCACCACUCCCAAGUUGCAACCUCUGGUCACCAAGGCCGAGGGCAAGAAUCUCAUCCAGGCAUGCCUGAAUGCUCCCGAACCUUCUGGCAAUGAGAAUGGUGUCGACGCCGCCGACGAUGUCGCCUCACCAGACGACGUUCCCUCCAUGCCUCCCGCCGCUGCGGGCGUACCCCGACCUGCCCCUCAUACUGGGUACGGCAUGACUCCCGAACAGCAGCAGCAAGCCCUGUACUACCAACAACUGCAACAACAGAACCAGAGCGGCCAGUACGGCGGCAUGCCCCAGAUGCCUCAACAUCAACGUGCAUAA